AAUAGAAGUUGUAUUACUUUUAAUCAAUCUUAAAAAAAUUAAACAAAAAGAAAAUAAAACGUGGGCAACAAAAUGUGCUCAAAUUCAACAAUACAUAGCUAAGAAAAAACCUUCAUGCAGCUAACUUCUCUCUCCUCUCUCUCUCAUUCUCAUGGCUGCCGCCAAAAAGGGAAGAAGAAAACACAGUAGAUGCAGCUUCCUCUGCUCCUUUGCAAGCUGCUUCGGCGUUUCCAACAAAGUCUCCGCCGAUCAUAGCGACAGAAAAUCGGUCUCCGCCCGCCGCUGUGCUAUUCCGGUCAACGAUCCGUCGGAGACCGCGAAGACUUCGACCAGCGAAAUUCUCGAUGUCGAACAACACGAAGAGGUAAAGAAGAAGAAGAACGCAACUUCAUCUGCAGAUCAACCAAUCAUCACUAACAAGAGACACGAAAAUCGAGAUGAAUCAAGUGCAAUAACAACGAGCUCGAUUGUAAAAUCGGCGGAAGAAGAGAACGGCGCCGUCAAUGAGGCGACGACGAGCCAACGCAAGCUGUCACACUCGGUUUCUCUGCCUCUGCCGCAUCAGAGGAAACAGAAUCCGCCGCCCGGCGAAUUCGACUCGACGGUUGGCGCGGUGAUCGUGUCGGCGACUUUGGUGGUGACGGUGAUUUGGGGCAAAUUUUGGGCGAUUGUGUGUGCGACGGCGUGGUUUUACUUCGUGCCUCGAAUUAGGGCGAAAAUGGAGGAAUCGUACGGCGAUAAAUUGGAGAGCGGUGAAAGCGAGGGUGUUGAUUUUGAUUCGUGGGAGUAUAAGAAAAAGGUAAAAGUUAUGUUACACGUAGUUGUUGGAAUAAUUGAGUGAACAAUUACAUAAAGCUCUUUAUGAUGAUUAACCGAGAACGACGGAGAAAGAGCAUAAACUGUAGAGCGGAAGCGUGCCUUGAUUCAUAACGAAUUGAAAUGCGGAAUUGCUUUACCGCGGCUAUGGAUCUUCCAAAUGACCAGAGACGUCCUUCACAAUAGUCUGCCGAGAUAAUACAGAGAUAUUGAAGGUUCUUCUGACGUUUGGGGACCAUAACCCUAACUUAUAUUUAUACAUAAUAUAAGUCCCUUUAUUUUCUAUUCGGUCACUCAUCAAAUAGAAAAUCUCAUAUGGUAUCUACACUUAUUUCCAUAACGAAUAAAUACACUUUAGUCCAAACUUUAAUCUUUAAUAGAUCACUUUAAUUGGGCAACUGAAAGAUAGUCAUGCAGAUUAAAUUAGUCAUGUGGAAGCCCAAAUUUCUAAUUAUACUAACUUGGAUCAUCAUUUAUGAUCACCAAUGUAGUUCAAUUCAAAGUUGAGAAUUAA